CCCCAGAAAGUUUUGAAUGCCAAAACUUCCCCCCAUUCUCCCAAAUCCUCGAUUGUUCUGUUCCGAUUUGUCGAUAAUCCCAGCCAAAAAUGGCAUCUCUAAUUCGACGACAAAAUCAACAACACCAAAAACAGGCUCAGAAACAGUGGUCGUUGCAAAACUUCGAGAUCGGAAAACCCCUUGGCAAAGGCAAAUUCGGCCGCGUAUACCUCGCUCGCGAACUCAAGAGCAAGUUCAUAGUGGCGUUGAAGGUGAUAUUCAAGGAGCAGAUAGAGAAGUACAAGCUGCACCACCAGCUGAAGAGAGACAUGGAGAUCCAGACCAAUCUCCGACACCCUAACGUGCUCAGGUUGUACGGAUGGUUCCACGAUGACGACCGGAUCUACUUGAUCUUGGAGUACGCACAUGGAGGUGAGCUCUUUCGCCAGCUCCGAAAGACCGGCCAUCUUGGCGAGAGACAGGCCGCCACGUACAUUGCAAGCCUUACACAAGCGUUGGCGUAUUGUCACGAGAAGGAUGUGAUUCACCGGGAUAACAAGCCAGAGAAUUUGUUGCUUGAUCAUGAGGGUCGUCUGAAGAUUGCAGACUUUGGGUGGUCUGUUCAAUCCAGAAGCAAGAGACACACCAUGUGUGGAACUCUGGACUAUCUAGCACCAGAAAUGGUGGAAAACAAAGCCCAUGACUAUGCAGUUGAUAAUUGGACUUUGAGCGUCCUGUGUUAUGAGUUCUUAUUUGGCGUCCCUCCAUUUGAGGCCGAGAGCCAAACUGAUACAUUCAGAAGGAUUAUGAAGGUUGACCUCAGCUUCCCUUCCACCCCUCAUGUUUCAUCGGAAGCUAAAAAUCUCAUUAGCCGGCUUCUUGUGAAGGACUCAUCCAAAAGGCUGUCGCUUCAGAAGAUCAUGGAGCACCCUUGGAUAAUUAAAAAUGCUGAUCCAUCGGGUACCUGCUCUAAAUUCAAUCCUUAGAUGACCUUUGAACCUUGAAUGACUGAGGAAUCUGCUUAGUUUAUUAUUGUUUAUUUAACAUAGUAGGGCAGCAAAAGUGUGACUACUUACUAGAGUUCAGCUUCUAGCCCCUAAUUCUGAGCACUCCAAAUGUUAGCAGAAUGUAACUGGAGAUUGAUAGAUGAAGGGAGAAUGGUCAUGUUUUUCAACUACACACUCUACAGAACUUCCUUUUUGAGAACUGAAAAUAUUUGGAAACAACCAGAUUU